AUUGUUUCUUCUCCGUGUAAACUAAAAAAAUUUAGAUCGGCUUACCGUAUACCCAGUCGGCGCGGAUCUCGGAUGACGAGUCCGACGUCCGAUUUCUUUUACUCUUCCGUCUCAUGUGUCGCCAACGCGUGUUCUUAACAAUACCAGCGAUCUCAUCCACUGUGCAGGAACAAAAUGCUGUAUAAAAUAUUCCAUUUGGAAGUCGUAGAUUUAAACUCGGCUAUGCUCAUAACUGUGUCCGCUCUAGUUGUGGGAUAUGUAUGGACAUGUUUCCGGGCGUCGCGUAGACAAAAGAUGCUCGAGUUAGAAACCACACCGCAUCGGGUGUUGCUGAUCACUGCGCACCCAGACGAUGAGUGCAUGUUCUUUGGACCGGUUAUUCAAAAGCUGUCGAAAAUGGAAAACGUACAGUUAUACCUAAUGUGUCUGUCUGUCGGUAACUUUGAAGGCAAAGGUUCCUUGCGCAAAGACGAGUUGUAUCAGAGCUGCAAAAUAUUGGGCAUCGAUGAGGGUAAUAUUUUGUUGUGCAAAAAUACUUUGCUUCCGGAUAACCCUCGUGUGGACUGGGAUACAGUUUUACUUUCUGACAAGAUUACAGAGCAUGUAGAACAAUUGGAAAUUGAUACUGUAUUAACAUUUGACAGUUAUGGUGUCAGUGGUCAUCGGAAUCAUGUAUCUAUAUAUUUGGCAAUGUUUCAUUUGGUUUAUAAUAAAUUGCUUCCAAAUUAUUGUCGUAUAUACUCACUGGAUUCAGUCAAUAUUUUACGUAAAUAUGUUAAAUGUAUUGAUCAAUUAUUCAACAAUACAUCAGACUUUAAGUGUUCCAUUUCAACCACUGAACAAUAUAAUUUAAAGAAAGCCAUGCAAGCUCAUUGUUCCCAGUACAUUUGGUUCAGAAAAUUAUAUAUGAAAUUUUCUAGGUACACUAGAGUCAACACAUUCACAAAUAUUUCAGCAGAAUAAUUUUUAGUUUAAAUUUUAAUUACUUAGAUUAAUCAAAAAAAAAAAAAAAUUGUUUUUAUUUAAUACAUUUAGUUAGUUGAUGACUGUGAUAAUGUGAUUACUAUAACAGUUUUAUAACUUGUUGUAUAACUUUUUUGUUUAGGUGUUUUUUUUUACUAUUGUUUAUCUUUUCCCUU